AUGUUCAUGAAAUCCGCCAUCACCGCCCUCUUCGCGCUCGCCGCCACGGCCAACCAGGUCGCUGGACAGACCCAGAACGCUACCGCUGCUGAAGUCGCUCUCGUCGAGGCCAACAUGCAACAGGCCGGCCUUAUUCCCGGUCUCUUGUCCCAGGAUGAGGUCGACCUCGAGGCUACCCUCGACGUCUCUUUCGGAUCAAACAUGAUCUCGAUCGGUCAAGAGAUCGCUGCUACCGAGACCCAGUCCGCCCCGACUGUUACCGUUCACCCUCUUUCGGGCACUGACGACUUCGAGUCCAGCCAAUUGUACACCGUCAUGCUCGUCGACGCCGAUGUCGCCGGGACCGACAACCAGGUCGCUAACCAGACCUUCCACUGGUUGGCCAACGGGGUCAGUGUUGGUGCCGAUGGCGCCUUGGACUUUGGCAUUGCUAGCACUGCCAUCGACUACGUUGGACCCGGACCUCUCGAGGGAACCGGUCCUCACCGAUACGUUCUCCUCAUGGUUGAGCAAGAUGCCGGUUUCACCGCCCCCGCCGAGUUCUCCUCGUUCGGCGCCCACCCCUUGAGGCAAUACCUCGAGACCGAAGACCUCGGUGAAGUUCGUGCCGCCAACUUCUUCGUCGUCUCUGGACCCGGUGCCACUACCGUCUCUGUUCAGCCCACCACCUCGGUCGACCCCGCCACCGUCGUCGUCGUCGCCACCUCGGCCACCACCACUGGAACCGCCACUGAGGCUUCGAGCACCGUCGUCACCUCGACCGGCGCUCAGACCGGAUCGAUGUCUAUGGGAACCGCUUCCGCUUCGUCGACCAGGACCGGAGCCUCGACUGGAGCCGCUUCGGGAACGGCGAGCGCCCCUGCCAACGGAGCCGUCUCGGGCAAGGUCAACGGAGUCUGGACCGUCGGUGCCGCUCUCGUCGGUGCUGCCGCCGGUGUCCUCUUGAUCUAA